AUGAAGCAUUCGGCUUACCUAGUAGUUGUAGCCCUGCUGUGCAGCAGUGGUCUCACAAUGGCUGAAGAUGGUAAGAACGCUACUGUGAAAAAAAUCGGGUCAGGCCGCAUCGUCGGAGGAUACGCUGUCAAUAUCGCAAACUAUCCGUACACCGUAGUGGUGAAUGCUUAUUACUCGAACUAUGUCAGCACGUGUGGUGGCAUUAUCGUGGCUUCGACCAAAGUGCUCACAGCGGCCCACUGCUUGUAUCAACUGCCAAUCAGAUCGAUCACUAUCCGCGCUGGUAGCAGCCUUCGCUCCAGUGGUGGAACGCUCUUCAACCAUCUUAGCUACAUUGUACAUGACCAGUAUAACGCUGCUAAUUUCGCGAACGAUGUGGCGGUCAUUACCAUUCGGGGAAGUUUCAACAAUUUGGCGAAUGUGGGCAAAAUCGUCCUACAGAACACGGAACCGGUGAUUUCUUCCAUUCUUGUGACCCCCUGUUUCGUCGUUGGCUGGGGUUGGAUUAACUUGAACGCACGGUUAGCGGACACUUUACAGCGUGGCAAUUUCGUGCUCAUGCCCCAGACGACCUGUUCCAGCCGCGUCCGUGGUGUGUCGCCCACAACCAUUUGUGCUCAAUCACUGGAAGGCGAUGCCUGCCGCGGUGACAGUGGCGGUCCACUGGUUUGCAAGGGCCGCCUGUAUGGUGUAGUGUCGUGGGGUCCUCCGGACUGCAACGGUGCAAUGCCGGAUGGUUUCGCAAAGAUUACCGCUCCCAGCAUCCGAUCCUUUAUUCGUACGAAUGCCGGAGUCUAG